ACUUUACCUUAAUCACUGGGUUUUGAACUUGAGCGAAAUCACUGUCCGGAAUUGUUGCUACUUCCGGUUUGACAACAACAAUAACAAGGACAAUCACGAUGAGCAUGCGGGGACAGGAGCAGGUGGAGAAGAGGUACGACCCCCGGGACACCACCCUGAAGUUUGUGAAGAGGAAGGACGACCUGGAUCCAGUGUGUGAUGAAGACGACGGUCUCAGAGCAGAGAUGUCCUGCGGCCACGCCGUCACCCCCGACUCCCUCACACAAUGGUGUCGCAGCCAGCUGGAUGAUGGUUAUUACAAAUUCAGAUGCCCUGCGGUGGGGGAGGGGACCACACAGUGCAACAAACUGUGGUCGUACCAAGAGGUGCGCAGACUGGCAGAUCUGUCUGUGGAGGAAAUGCAGUACUUUGAGGAGGCCAUGUCUCUUCUGGCUGCUGAAGAAUACUGUGAGACACAAACAUGCCCACAGUGCAGGACGAGUGUGGAGAGGAAGGAUCUCUCCAACCUGUGUGUCCGGUGCUCCAUAUGCACAGCGGAUCUGAAGAAGACCUACCAGUUCUGCUGGCAGUGCAUGAGGAAAUGGAAAGGUCCGGGCCCUCGAUCUGACUGCUGCGACAAUGACGGCUGCAUGAACAGGGACCUCCAGCUCUUGCAGACCUGCAAGACCCUCAGCCUGCCCGCGGUGGAGGGGGUCGCCGAAUGCCCCUCGGUCCGAGCCUGUCCCACAUGCGGCAUGAAGGUGGAACAUAGCCAACAAUACUGCAAGAAUAUCGACUGCCCUCGCUGCCACGUUGUUUUCUGUUUCGUCUGCCUGAAACUAAAGAGUGAAUGUUGUAAAACCAGUACACCGUACAAAAUCUGUCCUAGUGGCGUCGCUCCGAGACAGGCUGCUAUCCCUGUGUGGCAGAAGAAAUGAAAAGAGGGAUUUUAUUAUAGGGUUACAUGUAAAUAAGAUUAUGUUAUCGUAUUAUACAGAUAAAUCUCUAUGAUCAGCCCAGAUUACAUACAAAAAAAGGGAAAUUAGCUAAUAAUUGCAAUGUCAAGGUUAACUUGUUUGCACUUUGUCUUGAAAGUAUGGACUUUUAAAAUUAUUAAAUGUUUCAUCGUGAGAACAAAAUGCUAUUUACAAUUGCAUUUAAAAUGGAAGAUGAAAAUUUUGAACAUGUUUAUAACAUUCAUAUUCACAGUACGCCUGUAGUUUGUGACAGUACCACUGAUUUGUAAGGGUUAUUAAACUUGACCAAAAUCAAAUGUUGCAUACAACAUAGAAUUGCAUUACAAUUCUCCUGAGAAAAGUGUGUGUGGCUGCCUCCAUUUAUGUCCAUAGGUUCAGUAUUUUUAAUGUGUACUUUUUACAAACCAAACCAAGACUAUCAGAAUCGAUUCCACUUGUAUGUGAUCCAAUGGAUUAUGUCACAAAAAACAUAUAGCCUUCUAUUCAGCAAUUGAGUAUAUUUUAAAAGAACCAUAAUUAUGACAUUAUUCUGUAAACUCUCAGGCUUGAUUCAUUGAAAUAUGUGACAAAAUAAACAUGCUGUGACUCCAAUAGA